AUGGCCGACAUCGAGCUCAUCAUCACAAACGCGACCAUCGCAACAGCCUCAGACACCCUCCCAAACACCGACAUCGCCAUCUCGCACGGCAAGAUCUUCCUGCUGGGCCAAAACCUCCCCGCCCUCUUCCCAACCGCACCCACCCUCUCCGCCGACGGCGCCUACGUCCUCCCCGGCGGCGUCGACAGCCACGUCCACCUGCAACAAGACAACAGCCCAACAGGCGAUACGUGGGAAACCGGCACGCGCUCCGCAAUCGCCGGCGGAACAACAACAGUCCUCGCCUUCGCGUCGCAAAAACGCACAGACGAGUCCCUCUUCCCUGUGGUAGAAGAAUACCACCGGCGCGCGCGCGGAAACGCCCACUGCGACUACGGGUUCCAUCUCAUCCUCUCCAAUCCAACGCCGCACAUCCUGGAAAAUGAACUGCCUAUCCUCGUCAAAGAAGAGGGGAUCUCGAGUGUGAAGCUAUACAUGACAUACCAGCCCAUGCGCCUCCGGGACUCCGAACUCCUAGACGUCAUGGGCACCACGCGGUCUCUAGGAAUGACAACGAUGAUCCACGCCGAAAACGCCGACAUGAUCGACUGGAUGACUCGACGCCUGGAAGCGCGCGGGCAUGUCCAGCCAUACGCGCACGCAUUAGCCCGCCCCAACAUCGCCGAGGACGAGGCGACGUACCGCGCGCUCAGUCUAGCGCAACUCGCCGACGUCCCGAUAUUGAUCGUGCACAUGAGCUCCGCCGUUGCAGCGGGACAUGUCCGGCGCGCGCAGACGAAGCUGCUCCCCGUGCAUGCGGAGACGUGUCCGCACUACCUGUUCUUCACGGCGGAGAAGUUGCGCGGCGAGGGGUUCAGCGGUGCGAUGUGUGUUUGCUCUCCGGCGUUGCGGGAGAGUGCCAUGGAUCUCGAUGCCAUGUGGGAUGGGCUGGUGAAUGGGACGUUUACGACGUUUAGUAGUGACCAUGCGCCGGCGAAAUACGACCACCCGCUCGGCAAGAAAAAGGGCACGGAGACAUUCACACAGAUCCCGAACGGAUUGCCCGGUCUCGAAACGCGCAUGCCCUCGCUUUUCUGCGCGGGCGUGUUGACGGGGCGACUGAGCGUGCAGAAAUUCGUCGAGCUGACGGCGUCAAACCCCGCGAAGCUGUACGGGCUCUCUGAUACCAAGGGGACGAUUGCGCCGGGGUACGACGCGGACUUGGUGAUCUGGUAUCCGACGCCCGAGCAGGCGGAGGCAUUCGCUGAGAAGACCGGCAAGACGACCGGGAGCAAAGGCAUGACGCCGUUCAAGCUGAGCAACGCCAUGCUGCACCACGACAUCGACUACACGCCGUUCGAGGGCAUGGAGUUCACCAACUGGCCGCGGUAUACGAUAUUGCGCGGCAAGGUCGUGUAUGAUCGCGAUGGGGCGGGCGUUGUGGGCGUCAGGGGGGACGGCGGGUAUUUGAAGCGCGGGCGGAGCACGUUGAGUCGGCCGAGGGGUGUGUUUGUGAAUGAGUUUGAUCCGUAUGCGACUUAA